AGCUUUUCUGGCGGUGACAACCUCCCCACGACAACAUGCCUCUCGCCAAGGAUCUCCUCCACCCCUCCCCAGAAGAGGAGAAGAGGAAGCACAAGAAGCGCUUGGUGCAGAGCCCCAAUUCCUACUUCAUGGAUGUGAAGUGCCCAGGAAGCUAUAAAAUCACCACCGUCUUUAGCCAUGCACAAACGGUAGUUGUGUGCGUUGGUUGCUCCACUGUGCUCUGUCAGCCAACAGGAGGAAAAGCAAGGCUUACAGAAGGAUGCUCCUUCAGAAGGAAGUAGCACUAAAAGCACCUCAAAUCAAGAUGAGUGGGAAACCAUCCCAAUAAACACAUUUUGGAUA